CUUUAGACAAGAAAAUGAUUGCCACUUCAAUAAAGACCAAGAAAAGUCUUUUUUGGAAGUGUGGUUUAGUUGCUCUCUUUAUUAUAUUAUUUCUUUGGUUAUUAUACAAUCCUUCAUCAUCUUCAUCAUCUGUCUUAUCAACUGAAAAAAACGAAUCAAUCACAGAACAACCUAUAGAACAGACAACUCAAUGUUUAGCAACAAAGGACGGUCAGGCUUCAACAAAGUAUGCCAUCAUGAUUGAUGCUGGCUCAUCUGGUUCAAGAGUUCAUGUUUACAAAUUCAAUAUAUGUAAUGAGCCAGUUUUGGAGAAUGAAGAAUUCCAUAUGCUAAAGCCUGGCUUAUCCAGCUUUCAGGAUGAUCCUGAAGCAGCAGCAGCAUCCUUGAAUGAAUUAUUAGAUAUUGCAGUCAAGAGCGUACCUCAAGAAGACCAAAGUUGUACACCUAUUGCUGUCAAGGCAACAGCAGGUCUUCGUCUUUUAGGCGCUGAAAAGAGCGAAGCUAUCCUUCAGGCUGUACGUAGACGUCUAGAGACAUAUCCAUUCCCGAUAGCAGGAGAAAAUGGAGUUGAAAUUAUGGAUGGCAAAGAUGAAGGUGUCUAUGCAUGGAUCACCGUCAAUUUUUUGUUGGACAAAUUAAAAAAGGAUGGGCAAUCAGCUGCUAUCUUUGACUUGGGCGGUGCAUCCACUCAGAUCGUAUUUGAGCCCACGUUUGUUCCCUCAGCCACUAUGGCUGAAGGAGAACACAAAUACAGCCUGGACUACCAAAAUGAUACUUUUACCCUGUAUCAGCACUCUUAUCUUGGCUAUGGAUUGAAUGAAGCACGAAAGAGAAUCAAGGCGGAAAUGAUUGACAUGUGGCAAGAUGAAGCAAAGCGUACGGGUAGAGUGUAUCACCCAUGCUUACCAGAUGGGCAUGAGGAAAAGUUUGAUUAUGAAAACAGUACGGUUACGUUGAUUGGUACAGGAGCAGGUCACGCAGCCUGUCGAAGUGUUGUUGAAAGAGUAUUCAACAAGGACAAACUAUGUGAAACCAAUCCAUGUGCAUUUGACGGUGUCUAUCAACCACCACUUACAGAGACAUUCAAGGAUAGAGAUCUUUAUGUAUUUUCAUACUUUUAUGACUUAACUCAACCUCUUGGUAUGCCAAGUGAAUUCUCAGUAAGAGAGCUUGGGGAACUGACGACGAGAGUGUGUAAUGGAGAAAGAAAACCUUUUAGACAUAUGCCAGAUGCCAUUAAACAAUUAUCUGAUGAUGCAAACUACUGUUUAAACUUAAGCUACAUCUAUAACUUAUUGAAAUUUGGCUAUAAUAUUCCAUCGGAUAGAUUGGUACGAACAGCAAAGAAGAUACGAGGCGCCGAAACUGGAUGGUGUUUAGGUGCUUCUAUUGCUAUGCUGGAUCAAGUUAAUUUAUGCAAAGCUUAGACACGCACACACAACAAUUUAAUUUAUAUAUACAUUUAUUUAAUAAACAUUGGCAUUUUACUAUUAUUUUUCGCUUGUUGCUGAUGAUCAGAGUAUAUUUGAUAUUCUAGUAAAACAGGUAGCAACUUCCAUAGUGUCAGUUCAGGCCAAUAACAAUUGACAAACUGUAUCUGGCAUCCAUCGCUUGCCUGCCAUAAUAAGAAAUCGCUUAGACGAAUUUCACCUGAUGUCCUCAGAAGAAUAUCGAGUGGUGGGCAAUCUGAUGUGAAUAGAUGAUUCUGUAUUGUUUCAUCAUUUAUCUGUUCUAUUGACAGCUUUCCUUCCUUUACUGACUGAACUGUCUCUUUAAUUGCCGUCGUCAUUUCAUCUCUUGAUGUAUAUGGACAGCAUAUAUUCAAUAUACGACUAUAUAUUUGUUUAAUCAUUCAGUUGUUUAGCCCUUCUUUUUUCUAUUUUACCU